ACUUCGAUGAAAAUUACAGAUCGAGAACUCCUCUUUGAGUUUGUUCGUGUUCCCCAAAAAGUUACAUAUAGCCACUUUAAUUCUUUCCUGUAGGUGGCAGCAAAAUUACGCUGCGUCACCUUCAUCUGGAUAGAGAAUUGCUCCACUGCUCAUAGGCAUGGGAGCUGGUUCCAGUCAACCCAGUGAGAAUGAUGAGCAGGCCAUCGUACCCCAGCAGGACAGGAGAAAGACCUCUAACAGGAGACACUCUGAGGAAACACUGGACUGUCCAACCUGCCAGGGCACGGGCCGCAUCCCACGAGGCCAGGAGAGCAAAUUGGUGGCAGUGAUCCCCUGCUCCGAUCAGAGGCUGAAACCACGACACACGAAGUUGUAUGUCACUGUGUCGGUGACGCUGUGCCUGCUGGUCAGCUCGCUGGUCCUCUUCUUCUUGUUUCCUCGCAGUGUCAUCCUCUCACCCGGGGCUGUCAAGUCUGUCUAUGUUUACUUCACCCCGACCACUGUCCAAAUGAACAUCACGAACAUCAUGAAUAUUACCAAUGACAACUUCUUUACAGUUCAGGCCUAUAACUUGACAGUGCAGGCUCUUUUUGAUAAAACGGUUGUGGGCAAGGCUGAUAUGAAAAAUGUCACCACCGUCAAACCACUCACGGACAAAACGUUUGCCUUUGAGAUUCCUGUCACGCUAGUGGAGGAGGGUCUGAACAAUUACUGCAAGAAAUCUACGAUCAAGAUCCACACGUUAUUUGUCCAUCUUCAGAUGUCAAUGACUGUCUACUACCUGGCCCACUUUGAGCAGAUUUCCCUGGACACGUUUGAAUACAUCGACUGUGGGUCUAACACCACAACACCCCACCUCAUCAACCCUACACCCUGAGAACAAGGGCUCCAUUAGGGGCAGGAUGGCAAGGGUGAGGGGAAGACUGAGGAGCAGGCCAUGAGGUGAACUGUGGAGAACAACUGUGUGACAGUGUGGUCAAAAACCAUAUGGUUUUUCUUCCAAAAUCCAAAUGUUCUGGGGAAGAAAGAAACAACAAAAAUGUGGAGCUUGAAAUUCAAAUUAAAGCUCUAAAAUGUUCUGUUUGUCUUUUUUAUGCACCUCUGUAGAGCUUUAUAAGUAGGGUCAUUGAGGUGGUUGGAGGCUCUGCACUGUGAAAAUUUAUUUUUUGCCACUUUAUUCUACUGAAAGAGUUACUCUGAAAUUGAAAGACUACAAAUUUGCACAAAUUUAAUUCAGAUGUUAUAUUUGUGCAUAAUUUCCAAUAAAACAGAUUGUCGGUGCACUUCUACAAACAAGUAAAUUACUUUUGUAUGUGUUUUAAUUGGUUAAAGUAGCUAAAACCAUGUAAGUAUUCUUAACGUUAUGCAUACAACUAUGUAGCAUUGAUCACAGAACUUUUCUAUGGAAUCACAUCGGAAUUACAGUUCUGUCUGACUACUGACCACACAUGUGAUUUUUAUGUUAAACCAUCAUCUCUAAUUGUAUACUAAUUCUAACAGCUCUAACAAGAUCUGGAUAUUAAUUCACCUAUUGUUUUUCUGUGUCACUGAAAUUAGAUUAUUAGUGAGGGAAAAAUGGUUAAAUUGUUUGGAAUCCACAUAGACUAGUAGUGUCACCACAGGUAUUUUUGUAAUGGGGAAACUAACUAAUUUACUCCCUUGCACUAUAGCAAAAUCAUGGCAAUGUUUCUUAUGCUCUGUUCAAAUACUCUUAAUAUUUACUUCCUCUAUUAUUUAUGUUAAGGGUUUUAGUGCAUUGUUUCCACCUUUGUCAGAUUAGUGAAAAACGUUGUAUGCAUUUUAAAGGAUUCAAUAAUGAAAUCACAAAGCCUGAGAAAAUAGAGUACAAGUUCCUUGUUUGGUCACAUAAUUAAAUGAUGUAUAUUUAAAUGGGUGCUAAAGUUACAUAAGUUUCCUUGAUGACAGUUGGGUCCAGUCCAUAUGGGUCGUCUUCACCAAUGACUGGAUAUGGGCUCUUCACCACUGCUGGGAGUACUGUAUGGACUGUAAUGUUGAGAAAUAAAAACACUCCUAUAA